UUCCUCCCCGGGGUGAAAGGUUAGCGGAAGUGUUCUUCUUUCCUUUUUGCUGUAGGCCUGAGUGGUUGCUGCCGACAUGGGCAAGUUCAUGAAACCUGGGAAGGUGGUGCUUGUCCUGGCUGGACGCUACUCUGGACGCAAAGCCGUCAUCGUGAAGAACAUUGAUGAUGGCACCUCAGAUCGCCCCUACAGCCAUGCUCUGGUGGCUGGAAUUGACCGCUACCCCCGCAAAGUGACAGCUGCCAUGGGCAAGAAGAAGAUCGCCAAGAGGUCAAAGAUCAAGUCUUUUGUGAAAGUUUAUAACUACAAUCACCUAAUGCCCACAAGGUACUCUGUGGAUAUCCCCUUGGACAAAACUGUCGUCAAUAAGGAUGUCUUCAGAGAUCCUGCUCUUAAACGCAAGGCCCGACGAGAGGCCAAGGUCAAGUUUGAAGAGAGAUAUAAGACAGGCAAGAACAAGUGGUUCUUCCAGAAGCUGCGGUUUUAGAUGCUUUGUUUUGGUCAUUAAAAAUUAAAAAGGAAAGAAAGCC